AUGAGCUUCUUCAUUGGCGUGGAGCUAGAACAAGUUGAAAGGGGCGCCCCAGACCGAAUUCACGCCCAAAAGAAUGCCUUUGAGGGAUCAGAGACCAUUCUUGUCACUUUCAACCCGGGUGAUCCUCAGAAUCCCCUCAAUUGGUCGAUCAAACGAAAAUGGGCUGUCACGGCCGCGCUGUCUGGUACGGGUUUCAUCCGCAUCAUGAUCUCGACGAUGAUGGCACCUGCAAUCACUACCAUCGCCAAGGAUUUGGAUAUGUCAAACACAGAGUCGACAAUGGCACUGUCGGUCUAUCUCUUGGCAACCGCCUUUGGCCCGCUUGUAAUUGGCCCUCUGUCCGAGGUUUACGGCAGGAAACCUGUCUUCCACACAACAAACCUUUGGUUUUUGGUCUGGAAUCUCGUUUGCGGCUUUGCCAACUCGAAAGGUCUGCUCAUCGCCUCCCGUCUGCUGGCUGGAUUUGGUGCCAGUGCCGUGUACAGCCUAGCGUACGGCGUCCUAGGUGAUGUGUGGUCACCGGAGCAGAGAGGUCGCUCGCUUAGUUGGUACGCUCUCGUCCCGCUGACUGGAUCAGCUAUUGGACCGAUUGCCGGCGGGUUCAUAACGCAAUAUUCGACCUGGAGGUGGGUAUUUUGGGCGACCACGAUUCUUCAAGUUGUCCUGGAGCUGUGUUCUGUUCCUCUCGUACGUGAUGAGACUUACGCACCUCUUAUCUUACGUCGGAAGGCUGAGACACUGCGGAAAGAGACGAACGACUCCCGAUAUCACGCUGAAAUUGAGAUCCUUGAGUCCGGCCAGUCUGCUACUUACAAGUUACAACGCAGCCUGUCUCGCCCGCUUCGGUUGCUGGCAUUCCACCCCAUCAUCCAGAUCCAGGCGCUUCUUGCGGGUAUAAAUUAUGGCCUAUUAUACCUUUCCCUUUCGAGCUUUUCGACCCUGUUCGUCAAUCAGUACGGCCAGUCUCUUUCCAUCUCUGGCCUACACUACAUCGCCCUCUGCACCGGAAGCAUCAUCGGCUCCCAAAUAGUGGGGCCACUUAUGGACUACGUAUACAAGACUCUCACAGCCCGCGCAGGGAACAACCCUUCUCCCGAGCUUCGUGUUCCACUCCUGCUGCCUAGUGUCUUCCUCACGCCCAUCGGUCUCCUUCUGUAUGGAUGGGCAGCUCGAUACCACCUCUUUUGGCUUGUCGUGGAUGUCGGCGCCUGCCUCCUGUCCCUUGGUAUGCAAGUCUUUGAUACUUCUCUGAGUGCGUAUGUUAUGGAUUCCUAUCCUGAGCAUGUAAGCUCGGCCUCGGCCGCAACGCAGGUGUUUAGGAGUCUCUUGGCGUUCGCGUUCCCAUUGUUUGCAGACAAGAUGUAUCACACAAUAGGGUAUGGGUGGGGAAAUACUCUGUUGGCGUUUUUGUCCUUUUUCAUUGCGCUGCCUACCACGGGCAUCCUAUGGAAUUUUGGUGCAAGCUUGAGACAAAGACGACAGUCAAGUCAUUGA